AUGACGCGUGUUUUCGCUGUCGUGAUUGUUGUUGGUAAUUACAGUCGGAUUCAAAUUUCAUGCUUUUCUCAGUUCGGACGCAAAAAAAUGUUCCUUGUCGACAUCGUAAAACGCUAUCCUCGCGUUUGUUCGUCUAUGAUUUGCUUGCCCUUGUUGUAUCCGCCUUUCCUCCACAUUUCUGUGCCGCUUUGUAUUCUCUGCCUACUAUCCGUAUGGGUGUGGCAUCGCUGGAUGCGGAAGCAUCGCCGGGCAGUGGCAUUCUUUCAUCCACAAUGCAGUGGUAUGGGAGGAGGCGAGCGAGUUUUGUGGUGCGCGGUCAUUCAGAUUCUCAAAUGGUCAGACGUCGUAAUUUACACAACAUCGGAUAAUUGUAAGCGCAAAGCGGAGAUCCUUGCUAAAGUGGAGAAGGGAUUUGGUCUUGCUCUGAAGAAGCCAGAACAGGAGUAUGGAAACGAAAAAGCAUCAUCGCAUCGUGCUCGAACACUGGACUUCGUUGCAGUGCACAGCUUCUGGAUCACUGAAGAUCCCAACAUAUUCCCCGUUUUCACUCUUCUUUAUGAAAUCAGUUUGUUGGUUUAAUCAUCGAUACGAUAUUUUUGUACGCUGGGAAACAGGGGGACUACAAUACAUUAAAGGUUCCUAAGAUCAAUACAGCUGCUAGUUCUAGUAAGGAAGUUGGAACAUCACCCCUGCUCAGUCAAGCGGACAUUACAAAUGACGCGCGUCAAGCCAAGUAGUUUAGUCUCUUCUAAUUCGCGCUUCAAAACCUCGUUUCCAUUGUCGUCGCGAUAGAGGCGUGUCUGCGAUGUCCGUGUGACGUAUUUGUGGAGAGUUGCGGACUAUCCUUUUCUCUUCCUGUGGCGCGUCUGUUUUCAGGCGCGAAUUUCGUAACCGCGUACGUGCAUUAUCCUACGAUGAGCUACGAUAUGAUCUCAAGGGUCAGUAACAACGUGCAGAUGUACAACAACCAACGCUGGAUUGCGAAGAGUCGCAUACUCACACAGGUACAACCAUUUUUUGUUGUACUCUAAAAAAAUGAAGCCUUUUUCUCAGAAAAAACCGACAUGCAACAGCAAAUAAAGUGGAAGUGAUUUGAUGACCUUCGUGUAUCAUAUUGUUUUCGUUUCUCCACCACAUCAGGUAAAGCUGUUCUACUAUCAUACUUUUUUGUAUAUCUAUGGGCUUUGCGGUAUGUGCUCACAUCACGUAUGGUGCAAUUCAUCGUGGACAAGAGAGCGAAUACGGCGUAUUUUCUGGGGUCUUCGCACAGAGGAAGUGGAGCUGCUCGCGCCGCCAACCGAUUUACAGAGCUUAGUCGGGCCGGAGGACAAGUACUUGCUACAGUUAUGAAGGCUGUGCGCUCUGAGUGAGCUGCAUGAAGAUUUUAUUCAUUUUUAGAGUGAAGUAAAUGCUCUUACUUCGUCUAUUCACCACACACCAUUAGUAGAAAGUAAAUGUAGUUGUAUUCCUCCAGAAUUUUAUUUGUGCGGCGGAGGUUGUCUUGUGGCCGUUAGAUUGAUUGCGCAUGUUGUACCACGGAUGGACUGAUGUGAUCUAUGUAUGCCCCUGUGAGAGGUGACCUGUAGGUUUGACAGAAUCUAAACGGAUGAGCCUUUCUAAAAACUGGAGCGGCCAAAGCGAAAGGCAGCAGCCUUUACGGUCUUGAGCGAUCGCCGUUUUCGGUUGGUAGUGCCACGGAAUCGUUAGCAAAGCGCAAGAACCGCGUAAUUUCGUUGGCGCAGUUUCGUGUGGAGAAGGAUCACGCCUUGCAGGUUGAUGCGUUCGCGGAAGCGUUGCGGCAAGGCCUCUUGCCAGCCGAUUCUGAGCUGGAAAUGCUAGGAUCGACGCGCGGUCCAGCCGACGAGGCACUGGUAAAAAGACUAGAGGAGCAGAUACUUCGGAUUGAUGCUGAGGUUCAAGCUGAUAACAGAGGAGGAGGACAAGCAACAACUAAUAUAAAGCUCAGCUCGAGAAUACGGAUCUGCCGAAAUCUCCCUUUUGACGAGGUGGUAGCACGGCUACGCACGAGUAAGGUAGCGCUGCACACUAUGCGCGAUGAGCAUUUUGGCAUCACCCUAGUCGAGUUUGUCGCCGCGCGACUGCUAUGCGUGUGCCAUAACUCAGGCGGCCCGAAGAGCGAUAUCUUGUGCACGACUGACCUGCAGAAAGGGCUACUAGCGGUAUCUGUGCAGGAGUUUGCGUCCGCCAUGGGUCGUGCAUUUGAACUGUAUGACAAGCCUGAGACGCAAAAAGAUAUUGACGCGGCCAUCGCAUCAUUAUGCCGCUUUCCUGAUAAUGAAAAGUUUGGGACGCAAAUUUCAGACUUGUUAAGGAAACACGAAAAGACAAAGCUCAUUAGCCAAUCCUAGUGCGCUCCCGUUUUUCAACGGACUUCGAUCGAAUUCUUCCUCAUGCCAGGACCGCCAAUGGAUCAAUUUUGUGAUCACCGGCAUAAAAAUAAGAUCGAAG